AUGUGGGAAAGUCUCUUGAUGCUGAGCGCGUUGGGCUCGCUGCCUUUCAUCUCUGCAUCUCCAUUGGAGGUCCGCCAGGACUCGCCCUCGAUGUCGAUGUCGGUGACUACUAUUUUCGGACCACCCACUCAUAGCUUUCACACUUCCCAGCCACAUACUCCGUUCUCUGGAACCCCAUCGACUACUGGAGCUCUGACUGCCACCUCGAUCGGAAAGGGUAUUACCGAGGCAGCCAGCAUUGCUCCGGCGGAAACCACCUACCAUGGUGAUGGCAAGCUUCACAAUCCUGAACCUGCUCCGUACGUUCCAGCGGGAGGAGUCGGCACCAAUGGAUCGAUCCCUGUUUAUAAUGCCAAGAGCGACUUCGACUACGAAUCUUUGGCUCUUGCUCUGUACCAGGAAUGGAUUGAGCUGGACCUGUUCAAUGAUGGCCUGAGACGCUUUUCGGCCGAGGACUUCACGGCGGCCGGUCUUAACCAAGCUGACCGUGAACUCAUUGCAUUCAUGGCUCAGCAAGAGGUUGGACACGCGACCCUGAUUAGUAACAUGCUCGGUGCCCAGGCCCCUCAGCAGUGCCAGUACAACUACCCUUACACCAAUGUUCGGGAGUACCUCGACUUUUGUCAGAAGUUGACCCGCUUCGGCGAGUCCGGUGUGUAUGGCUUCCUGUCUCACUUGAAUUCGCGGGAGGCUGCUACCCUCCUCACUCAAUCUAUCACCACGGAGGCACGUCAGCAGAUGAUCUUCCGUCAGUUCGAGGGUCUCUUCCCCAUGCCUGUGUGGUUUGAGGUCGGUGUGCCGCAGUCCUGGGCAUGGACUCUACUGGCUCCGUAUAUCAGCUCGUGCCCUAGCAACCAGACUCGACUGGUGUGGCAGAACUUCCCUGGUCUGACAAUCCUCAACCAGCCUAGCCUUUUCACAGGUGGUAAUAGCAGCAAUGCCACCGCCUCUGCUAUGAACAACACCCUGGGAGCUGGCACGAAUGUCGCAAAGUUCAGUUCGGGCUCGGGUUCAGACUCUUCCGGUGUGAACGGCACCUACGGAUCUCUUGUCACCCCCCAAAACUACACUCGUCUCUCGUUCCCCGGCCGUCAGGUUGCACUGCAGUGGGACAACCCAGGCCAGCUGGUCGGCCCCAACAACAGCUAUGUGACAUCGACUUCGGCCGGUAGCCCCAAGUACGUUGCAUGGGUAUCGCAGUUGAACGUGACCUACACGCCUUUGAAUGUUUCCGGUAACCGUGGCUCCACUAUCCAGCCCGACAUGGAGACUUACGAAGGCGACCCGGCUAUCAAUGGCACCAUGUUCAUCGCCAUCACCGACUCCAACCCAUUCUUGACCCCGUUCAACAUUAGCAUGAUCAACCCGCAUGUCGUUGCUGGUCCUGCGUUGUACCAGGCUGGAUAA